ACACUAACGCAUGCGCAAGGCGAGCGCCUUUAUUGCGAAACUUGCUAAUUGUGGUUUUCGAGGUCGAGACCCGUUAGUCAUGGCAGAUUUUGGUUCCGGGCUUUCCGUGGCGGCAGUUGCGAAGAUUUCCGAUUUGAUUCGGUCAUGGAACAGCGGAAAAAGCAUGACGAUGACAUCCGAGCACUGCAUUACGGUGUGCAGCCAGGGUGAUCUUUGGUCCGCCUCAAGUCUGUUUUUCAUUCAACUAGCAGGUUCACAGACUAACGUGACCCGAACUGAAUUCGAACGCGGCCGUAUGCGAGACCGCAUUAUCAGUGCCGCCCGCAGUCCGAACGGGAAAGUGUGCCUCGUUCUAAAUGCUGGCAGUGUUCUGCGAGUGAGCACAGUAGAAAAGGAAAUAAUUGCCGAAUGGCCCGAAAAUACCGUACCAUCGGUGGACUUCGCUGGAUGGAUUGAUAACACUAACGCAGUGAUUCUAACGGAACAAGAAAUUAUCCACAUGGAAGCGUUAAGCGGGAAAGUCGGUUGGAGUAUUUCUCGCAACGAGGUUGUGGCGAAAUGCUACACUGCCACCGAUUAUCAGCUAAGCCAUUCGAGAAAGUGGUCGUUUCUGGCACUAAUUAAGCUUGAUGAAGACCAAGCAAGAGGCCUCGUGAAUGUAUUCCAGUUGAAAUCAGGAACUUCGAAAACCUUCUAUGGCUUUGCGGCUGCUUUUGCGCCGACACUAGCGGCGAAUGACGACGUUGUAUUGGUCGCCAGCACCGUUCCCAACAGCAAGAACCGCAUCCUUGUCACGUCUCUCACAUUAGCGGACGCUCAGUUUCCAGGGUAUGACAGUUUAAGCAAAGAUGCUUCCCUUGCGAUCGAGAACCCAUUGGAUACAAACAGAGCGGUUAAUGACUUCCCGAUUGCCGUUACGGUUCAUUCCACAAAUGGACUGCCGUUUGCAUUUAUCACCACCAAAAUGAAUUAUGUACAUCUGAUUGAUUAUCGGAAGAUGUGCCACUUGGCGUCCACGAAGUUGACCGAAGAUGAGAGCACCAAUUGUGUUGUGCACAGCGCGCGGUCUUCUGGGGGUGUGAUGGUAAUUAACAGUGACGGGAUGGUAUUCGGGGUCAGCGUGUCCCUUGAUAAUUUGGUAGCGACUCUGUUAAGUAAAAAUCUUCCGCUGGAAGCCUUAAAGUAUGCAGUUCGGCUGAACAUUCCAAUGGGGAACGACAUAUUUAUGCGGAUGGUCCAUGUUGUACGCGGCGCGACGGUGGACUUUGAAACCAUCUGCGCCCUGCUCAGGGUGAAUGUGGUUCAUUUAUCGGGCGAUCAAGCCAAGGAGAUGUUUAAAUGGAUAGUUGAUAUGGCUUCACACACUCCUCAUCAUUCUAUGCUCAUCGGUCAUCUCGCCAUGAAGCUUAGCGACAGAAUUGGUUUGGACGUUUUAAUAAGCAUGUUCGAGCGCAGUGCUAACACAGAACGUCUGUUUAUGUUUCUGAAGUCUCUGGCGCCGAAGAAGAUGACAGAGAGUGCUUUAUUGCAACUUGUCAAAGUGGCCUUGAAGCAUGGUCUUAUACAAAUCCUGGAGCUUCAUUUUAUCACCGUCAACAGCAAGAUUUUGUUUGCGGAUUCGGUAAUAGAUUGUUUGAUGUCCGAAAAUGCUGCACCAGGUUCGAAGCAUGCCGUGGAUGAACUCGUGGAAAAGCUGUGCAUUAAGUACAGUCUCAUCAUACAUCUCGUAACGCUCAGAGUGCGCAACGAACAGCCGGUGCGACUAGACGAAUUGCUUGGAAACAUGCCAAAAGAGGAAUUCAAGGAACAAUUGUGCAUGAUCAUUGAAAUUCUUCUACAAUAUAGCCCUGAUCUGGGUGCACUGGAGGUGAAGUACAAUUUGGGACUGACCGCUGACAUGUUGCAAACCGUCUAUCCUGACGUUCUUCAAUCCCUAAAGAAAAAUGAAACGCGGUGCGGAAAGCGGAUGGAAAACAGUUUCCGCCGAUCAGUGCCAAAGGGGAACACAACGACCAGCUUUCUGGAAUAUAUUGUGGGAAAGGGCAUACCCGAUGAAACCGUGCAUUCUCAGCUGGUGAAGCUGUACAUUGAAACCAUGGAAGACGAUAAGCUGAACCAAAUUUUGAGGAACGACAAAUUUUAUGAUGCGGUAGCCGUUGGCCAAUGGUGUGAAAAGAACAAUUGGCUGACUAAGGCUUUGAUGGUAUACGAAGAGCGACGCCUUAGUGCAGAUUUUAUCCGACUGAGCGGCGACCUCGGUGUAUACAAGCGUCAGUUUAACUACCUCCUAAAGUUAAGCAGUAAAGACCAUUGGGAAAGCGUUCUGAGUCCGAUCAAUGGAAAACGCGCGUACCUGGUUAACAUUAUGUUACAUCAACCAGAAGCGGGCUACAACACAGUUUCUGGCGACUUUGAACAGGUGGCCGUACUCGUCGCGACUAUUGCCGAGACUGAUUUGGUAUCCGAAACCCAGACCUUCAUCCGCCGACUGUUAUCCACAACUGUCGGCAAAGACCAGAUCUUGUUUCUGCAAAAGCAUGCCGUUCGAUCUUUAUUAGGAAGUGGAUAUCCCCCAGAGAAAAUUCAGCAGGUGUUCGGCGAGCAGUUAUACACAUAUGAUCCGUGCAUAGUUGCCGAGGCACUCGUUCAAGGAGGAAUGCUGCGGUUUGCCAAAGACAUACUUGUCAAGGGAAAAUGCUGGAAAGAAGCCGCGCAGUUGGUUGCGGCUCACCGAACCGAAGGACUCGGCGAUAUCAAGGAACUGGCUUUUCUUAGCCGUGAUCCGGAGUUACUGGCGACAGUCGCCGAGAAUUACUUGAAAUCGGGCGAACUUGUUUUGGCACUGCGGUAUUUUCUGGAAGCGGGUCGAUUUAAAAAAUAUAAACUCAUCUGCUCGAUGGUGCCGUUGGACAGCAGUUUCGCCGAAUGGGAACUGUUAAUUCGCUUUCUGGAGGGUGCGCUAUCCACCACUAAAGACCCAUCGGUUUGUGUGACGCUGGCACUGGCUUAUGGGAAAACCAACCGGACGCACGAUCUGAAGAAAUUGAUGGCCAACGAAAGCGGGUCAAGCGGAAUGCUGGAUGUCAAUUGUUGCCGCAUAUGUGAAGAUCUGCCAAAGAAUGUGACAUUCGUCCCAUGCGGCCAUAUGGUAGUCUGUAUGGACUGCGCAAAAGAACUCAGCAUCUGCCCCAUAUGUCGCAAGCCGAUCGACCUGAAGGUGAAAACGUUUAGUGUAUAGCGCAAUCGAUGCGCUUGUAUGCUUCACGUAGGCGCAUUUAAGUGAUCAACGCAGUCCAAAUCCAUUCACUGGAUCGACUAUUGCUGAAAUCGCAUGGCUUGAUUUCUGCGUUUUCACUGCCGUUUGAUCGCGGAGGUGACGGUUACGCUAAUGUUGGAAUAAAGUGCAUAAAUAUUGCCGCCAUCAAUAUUCGGUCGCAAAGAUACUUUUACGUACAUAUUACUGAUGUGUGCUUUUAUUCUUUGGUCACCUCUUAAUUUGAUUCUUUGCUGCUAUAAAAAUGUCAGAAAGUCAGAAACCAUAAUA